AUGCCCCACUACCGCGAUCGAUAUUUCCUAGAGCUCGCGGCGGAGAGAUAUCUAGACAAAUUCUUAGAGUUGAAGAGACAACGCCCAGAUGAGUUCUGGGUGCCGACCUACGACGUCGACUGCAUUUGGCACGCGCAUCAGCUACAUCCGUGGAAAUAUGAAGAGGAGACUGCCGAGCUUUGCGGCCGUCUCCUCCCUCAUGAUGACAGUGUUAACGACCGCAGCUCGGGAUCCCAGCUAUCCGUUCGAUGGGAGCAAACGAAGCAAGCCUGGAAGGAGAUCUUUCGUGACGAAGGACCAUACCGCAGUGGCAGCAUGUACCGGGGCACCGUGACGGCGCAG